GCGGGGCUCCAACCAUGGAAGAGAGCAGCAGCGCUGGCAGCGCUGGCAGUGACAGCAGCACCAGCGGGAGUGGCGGGGCGCAGCAAAGGGAGCUGGAGCGCAUGGCUGAGGUCUUGGUCACCGGGGAACAGCUACGGCUGAGGCUGCAUGAAGAAAAGGUUAUUAAAGAUAGACGUCAUCAUCUCAAGACCUACCCAAACUGUUUUGUCGCAAAAGAACUGAUUGACUGGCUAAUUGAACACAAAGAGGCUUCCGACAGAGAGACGGCAAUCAAACUCAUGCAGAAAUUAGCAGACCGGGGCAUUAUUCACCAUGUGUGUGAUGAGCAUAAGGAAUUCAAGGAUGUCAAACUCUUCUACCGCUUUAGAAAGGAUGACGGCACCUUCCCAUUGGAUAACGAAGUGAAGGCCUUUAUGAGAGGACAGAGGCUGUAUGAAAAGCUGAUGAGCCCUGAAAACACACUUCUCCAGCCCAGGGAGGAAGAAGGGGUCAAGUAUGAGCGUACCUUCAUGGCAUCUGAAUUCCUGGACUGGCUGGUCCAGGAAGGUGAGGCCACUACGAGGAAAGAGGCAGAGCAGCUUUGCCACCGGCUUAUGGAGCAUGGCAUCAUCCAGCAUGUGUCCAACAAGCACCCAUUUGUGGACAGCAAUCUUCUCUACCAGUUCAGAAUGAACUUCCGGCGGAGGCGAAGACUGAUGGAGCUGCUCAGUGAAAAGUCCCCCUUCUCCCAGGAAACUCAUGACAGUCCCUUCUGCCUGAGGAAGCAGAGCCAUGACAAUCGGAAAUCUACCAGCUUUAUGUCAGUGAGCCCCAGCAAGGAGAUCAAGAUCGUGUCUGCAGUGAGGAGGAGCAGCAUGAGCAGCUGUGGCAGCAGCGGGUACUUCAGCAGCAGCCCCACCCUCAGCAGCAGCCCCCCUGUGCUCUGCAACCCCAAGUCCGUGCUGAAGAGACCCGUCACGUCUGAGGAACUCCUUACUCCCGGGGCUCCGUAUGCAAGGAAGACAUUCACGAUUGUUGGUGACGCGGUUGGCUGGGGUUUUGUGGUGCGAGGAAGUAAGCCAUGCCACAUCCAGGCUGUCGACCCCAGUGGCCCUGCAGCCGCAGCAGGAAUGAAGGUCUGUCAGUUUGUCGUCUCUGUCAACGGGCUCAAUGUCCUGCACGUAGACUACCAGACCGUGAGCAAUCUGAUCCUGACGGGCCCACGGACAAUUGUCAUGGAAGUCAUGGAGGAGUUAGAGUGCUGAGUUCCUGGGCCUCCCAGCCCUCUAGCGGCCUGCGGGUGAUCGAAGCCAGAAUGACACAAAGCAAUGCAAUGAUGAGAUUUCCAUGCAAAUGGAUGGUUGUGGUCCUAUGGAUCAUCUCAGCACAUAUACAUCUAAAGUUGAGUUUUAUACACUGAAUGUGGAAAAACCGGGUAACAUAUCUUUUUAAUAAGAUGUCAGUGUAGAAAACAUUUGGGAAACAGAGUUUUCCUACAUGGUAGAACUGCCUUACUAGAUUUCUAUUUGUAGGUCUCGUUCUUUGUUUUUUAUCUUAGUUUGCAGAAAGGUAUUGAAAUGCUUCUCUAGUCCAAACAGCAACACGCUGAAGUCCCCUUCUUCAGAGUCAAUAGAGUAGUCGUUAAGGGUUUUUAAUUGUACUUUCUCCAAAAUUAGCAUGGAUCUAUUUAAUAGGGAAUCUAGAUUUCACCAAGAGUCAAAUUGAAGCAACAUCCCAAGGAAUAAAACUUGUUCACUGGCAUUUUCAAGGGGGUUCUAAAGUAUUCAAGUGCUUAAAAGCCAUAAAAAGGGAUUUCUUAAUUCCUGCCUUUAGUGUCAACUUUUAAGUUAGUGCAGGUUUCAGUUGUAGCAUUAGCUAAAACAAAAACAAAAAACUAAAAAAGCAAAAACUUGGUGAUGCUAUGGGAGAGUGUAGACAGGGAGAGACUGCAUAAAAUUGUCCCGAUUUUCUCUCUGAGCCUAAAAUCAUUUUGUUUUAUAAAUCAGGUAUAGCAGCUUUUUAGAUUUAAUCUUGAAUAUGUUGAAUGUUAAAACAGAGAAGUUUGUAUAUACAGGUAAUUAAAAAAUCAACCCUUCUGGCAAGA